UCAACAUCAUCAGUCAGCCCACAGUGCUACAGUGGAAAAGUACAGCGAAGGCAUACCGAGCAGUUCGCCCAUCCUUUCUAGUUUUCAAAAUGUUCAAGCUAUCCUUUGCUUUGUUGGCCCUUCUGGGAGCUACACUAGCCUACGAGCAUCACGGAUUCGUCAGCGAAGUCAAGCACAUCCCGUACAAGUACUUUGGCGGUGGCGGUAUCGGCGGCGGACAGGGAGGAUUUGAGGGUGGCAUCGGAGGCGGCAUUGGAGGUGGUAUCGGCGGAGGACUCGAGGGUGGCUACGAGGGCAAGGACUACUAUGCCUACCCGAAGUACAAGUUCGAGUACGGAGUUAAGGACUACCACACCGGUGAUCACAAGAGCCAGUGGGAAGUCCGGGACGGUGAUGUCGUGAAGGGAGAGUACACUCUGGAUGAGCCGGACGGUUCCACCCGUAUCGUGAAGUACCACGCCGAUAGCAAGAACGGAUUCGAGGCCAUCGUCAAGAACAUCGGCAAAGGAGGUCUGCAGCAGGAGGGUGGCUCGAUCGGUGGUGGACAGGGAGGAUUCGGCGGUGGUUAUGGAGGAUACGGCUACAGCUACAGCAAGCUGAAGAAGUUCAACUAAAUCUACUAUCUUGAUGAACUGUCCACGAAGUAUUAACGGAAUAAUGGAUGUACAGAAAUUGAAUGUAAACAAACAGCAAAUGAAAUAAUACAGUUUCUAUGAAAUUGAAA